AUAUGCUACCUUGAAUCUUUGCAUUUUCUGCAACCAUUAUAUUAGAGAAGUCGAGCAAGGAUUAGCUGAUGUGGAUGGACAUCAAGGUGAAGUUGCACACUCGCAGCAUGAUGCUCAUCCAGACCUUGUUGAAUUUUAUGAACAUAUCUUUUGAUGGAGAUGGGAAUGCAUAUCUCCAAAGCCACUAGCUGAUGUAGAACACAUGGUUGGAUUGAGGCCUGUAAGCAUAAUCCAACACACUGUUGCAUUCAUUUCAGACUGAUUGAUUUCAGUGGGACUUAUGCAUACUGUAUGUGUAAAUAUAAAGUAUAAAUAUAAAGCAUUGCACUGUUUAGAGUUAAUAAUUUAUUUAUUUUUUAAAAUAGGAGUGAACAUCUCUGUUACAGAAAUGAGAGAUUGUCUCUAUCUGGGGAUACCUCUUGCUUUAGUAACGACAGUUAUGAUAAUUUCCUUGGUGAAAAAUAUUUUAUACUACUUAAAAGAAAAGAAACAAAAAGGUAAAAAUUUUGAAAACUAUCAGGAUUAUAGUCCAAGCAAUGGUGAGGUUUAUACAGAAGAAUGUCCUGUUUAUGACAAUCUCAAUCACCAUCAAGAGAUUCUCAAUGAAAGUUGCUAUGAACAAAUGAGUGCUCAUCCCCAGACACCCACCCAUGAAAUACAGCCACCAGUUGAGCGCCAAAUGUGCUAUGCUUCACUGGAUCACAGCGUUAAAAGAAAGCAGAAGAACCUUCGGAAAAAGAAAUACCCCACAGUGGAAGUGGAAGACCAACUUCCCAGAAGCAGCUCCAUGCCCUUCGACUCCUGCAUUUAUCUCAACAGUGAACAGCUGAAUGCUGAAAAUAAAGCAUCUGAAGACAAUACCCACGAUGAUCCUCAGAGGCCAUUUGGUUUAAUUCAUGCAACAAGUGAUGUCAACUUUUAAGAGGAACAUGGCCUAGCUAAGUAAUUGUGGCAGGUAAAAUAGAUAGACGAAAAUGAAGGUAAACAAUCAACAACUGGGAUUGAAGACUGGUAAUUAAGAAACCAAACUAAUUUGAGCUGAAUGGGAAGAAAGAUAUCUUCAAACUGCAUGCAAGUGGUAACCCCAUAUUAAUCCAAGGUUUACAAAGCAGAGGUUCUAGGACCAUUGCUGAGGAGAUGUAUACAGUUCUGAGAGAAAAGGGUCAGAUCCAUUUAGCCUCAAAAGGUAAUUGCCAAUGUUGUGUAUUUCUUAGGCACUCUUUCAUAGGUUAAUAUUUUAUUUCCAACCAAAACAUCUCAAUACAGUCUCAUGUGGCAUACCGCUCUAUAUGUUUUGAAUGUUUCUUCCGAAGUGCUACGAAGAUGGAGCCAUCAUAGGCUUCAUGUGUGCCAUGCAAUCAAUGUGAGGGCAGGAAUAAAGGUGAUAUGGGAAAAUGCUGACCAGACUUCAUUGCUGGAGACAAAGUUCAUACAUUCACUGAGGGCUGGUGCAGAAAUAGUAUGGUGGACUGGGGAGCAUGUGCCCCACCCCUACCCCUCCACCACCACCAUCCUUUGCUAUGGUCAAAAUAACAGAAAAAGAAAUAUAGCAUACAAUAGGGCCAGCCAGAAAAAAUAAGAGCAGUACAUUUUAUACCCUAGGGACAUAAAAGUCACCCUAAACUCUGACUGCAUUCUACAAACUGCCACACAAAAUUAUGUUAUAUGUGAUAGUAGGCUGCCUAUCCAAUAGUAGAAUGGAAAUGUAAAACUCAUUAGAGCAUCCUGGGUAAUUUCUUUAUUUAAAAGGUAAUUAAUUUAUUAUGGAGGUCUCUAUUAUGGAGGUCGCACAGAAGAGCAAAAUAUGGGCAAAUGUUUCAAGCCUCCACCAGGCAGAAAGCCUCCUGUGUGAACUGAGAACCCACAGUUGUGGAAGGCAUACAAUUUCCCCCUCAAAAGGAGUGGGGGAAGUUCUCACAAAUAGGCUUCCAUUGGCAUUUCCAGACAGCGGGCUUUACCGUGGGUUUAUUGUGAGGCUUUACUGUGAGUACAAAUUUGGCCAAAAAACCCGAAACAAAAAGUGGUGUUUUUUUAACCCCAGACAUAAAUCAGUGUAUGUUCUAAUGCACAAUGAAAACCACGAAUUGUGUCUGGAGUGCUGUCUGAUAGCUCACAGGGACUUGGGCGUAAAUCUGGCUGAUAUGUGAGCACACACCCUCCAUUCCAGAGAAGAAGUGAGCUAAAAGCCCCAUCUGGAAAUGCUCCAUGUGAUUAUGUAGAGCAGCCUUUUUCACAAACCAGAUUACUUGUGCAAUGGAGGGGAGGAGCACGCUCUGUUCCUCCACCAGUUUCCAACGCUGGCCCUCCAUGAAUGUGUGAACCAGGGCAGAUUUUGCGGCUUCUUCAGGGGACUCUUGCAGCAUUCUGGUUGCGGGUGAGUCUCUGUGCAGGCCUUAGCUAUCCUGUCAUCUGCUAUAGGAAGUAUGAAGAGUGCUACAAGACUGGAAUGACUCCUACUGUUGCUAACUUCCAAUGCAAAUCUUGCUCAUUCAUUAUGUAUUUAGACUUUGUCACACUGGAAUGUGUAGUAAAGCUGCACAAUAUUUAAGGUUACUUCGUGAACAAUGUAGCUGCUUUGGUUCAUUUCAUUAGCACUUGUUUAAGAUAGCAAAGUUAAUGUCCACAGAUGUUUCGUUUUCUGCUGAUAAGUUAUCUUCGAGUCAAUCCCUGUUAUUCAAUGAGUGUAAUGUCUUGUGUGUCUGAAUUCAAUUGUCUGUAAAGGAAUUAGUAAAUGAGGGAUAAAAAUAAACCUCCAAG